AUGAGCACUGCUAAGGUGAAGUACCUCGAUGAGCUCAUCGUGGCUCUGCGGUCUGCUGCUGCUGCUGCCACUAUGACUUCUGCAACAGCCGCUGCCGCCGCAGAUGGAAAUACAAGCGAAAAUACAGGAACAGAUGGAUCCACCGCCAGUGCUAAGCUUCUGCACACUUUGCUUAGGAAUAUACACGCGCCAGCAGAAGAACUGAUAUUCCACAAGUCGUUUGUCGCGCUAGAUCUUUUGCUCAAAUGCAACCCGCAUCUCCUUCGCGCGAGCAUCCUCGAUAAUAUGCUCGAGUGUUCGAUGAUCCAUUGGGAUAACCUGCAGUACAUGUGGCUCAUCAGACGAUACGUGUUGCGAUGGCUGGACGUGUGUGUGUUUAAGGGCCCGGAUCUGGCGUCGUGGUUCGCAGAUCAGAUGGACCAGUUCGAUAGACAGUUGUUGCAAUGUCUCAAGGGGACUUUGGAGGUCAAUCAGUUUCACGCACUAAUGAAGAAAGUUGUGAUUGUCAACGAAUGGAUUAUGAAUCACUACAUCUUGAAAACGUACAGUUACAGGGGUUGGAACAGCCAGUUCCUCAGACUCAUGCGGUUCUUGGUCUUUGUUCUCAAGUCAAUCAACUUGAAGCCCAACGACACCAGAACUCAGAACCAGUCUCUGGUGGAGUACUCGCGUAUCGUUAAUCUACUCGUUACCUAUAUUGUAACGUCAAAACAGUCAUUGCCUGUCUUUUCCUUCUCGUUCGACCUCAUUCAAACAUUGAUCAAAGACCACUACCGCCAUAUUCCACCAACUUCCCUGGCCAAAUCGCUUCUCAGGACACUAUACCUUUGUCGCGACAAUGUAUCGAUGAUAAACUACAUGAAAAAUACCUUUCAACUACAUCAUUGGAUCGCUACAAAUGCAAAAGAUCUCGAUACAGACUAUCAAGUUCUAUUUGUUCGCACAGUAAAUUAUGUGGCGUUUAAACUAGGUCUUAUAGAUACAAUAGAAGAAUUCACUUUUCCUAAUAAACAAUUGCAUUGGCUUCAUGAAAAGAUUGAGCGCUCGGAGGCGCUUCCACCUGCAAAAAUUACAGAACUCACGGCCAAGGCCCACUACGACAAAAUUUACGAUUCCUUGGCCUCUGCUAACAAAAAUAACAGCAGCCUGGAUGAUAUAUUAUUGCCUGUGUUCCCCUCGAUUCGCCAGUUAGCCCUUGAUGAAAGUCUAAUACAUAACACGAAUACUGGAGAUUCUCCCACUUCGCAGCAAACGUUAGAGCAUUCUCGCACCAUGAAAUUGUCUCCCAAAAAACUACUUCCUUUGCACAAAUCUUUGGCUUAUCAGUUAUUGGUUAGAUAUAUUUUAAGACCAGGCCACGAUGUGAGCACAAUGUCGGAACCAAUGCUCACAGGCGUUAUCCUUGUCAUUAUAGAUAUACUUUCUCAGUUUGACCCACCACAACUAACUUCCAAGCCAGAUCCCUCUAAUGCAUCUUUUGGCUAUUUCUGCUUUCAGGUUAUAAACACAUCAUUUACUCGGAAAUCUAGACCUCUACGGCUUCUUUCAGUAGGACUCUUCCCUCUUUUCGCUCGCUCAGGAUGCUCUCAUGAAGAAUCUAAUUUGAAAUUCCUGAUAAUGUUCUUGCAAAAGCCUUGGCCUUCGCAUUUGACUGAAACAUGCCAGAUGAGCUGGAUAAAUCUUAUCUUAAACUGUAACAGCGAUUAUUUUGAUGACUUAUUGCUCAAACUCAUUGAUGUCUUCAACUCAAGUGAUUUUGCAGAACAUACAAUGAUGUCAUAUCAACUACGGUACUUGUCCAGAAUUGAAGAAAAAUCUCCAUACCAGUUACUUUCUCCAAUAUUACCCGUUAUAUUUAAAAAGAUGGGCAAGAAUCUAGUUGAAAAGAGACUCGGUCUACAAAGAAUUGUACAACUGGUAGAAUACCCAGCAAAGACGUUAUUGGAAAAUUUUCAAAGGUACGUUGUGCCUUAUGCAUUGGGCCAUUACAAGAGUGAUGCUAUUGCAGAAAUUGCUCGCAUAAUGUCUGACAACAAUAAAAAUCUUAUAGAAGAAAAAAAACUACAAUUGCUUGAUAGAAACAGUAGGCAAAUUUUUGCUGUAGCGUUGGUCAAGCACGCAUUUUUCUCUAUUGAAACCAUAGAAACUCUUUUCCUUAAUACAGCUCCGAACUUCAAAAAACAAUACAUUGCUCUUUAUCUACCAGAUUACAAGACUUUGGCAGAAGUUCUAAAAAUGAGCAAAACAAUCUCAUCCCUUGAUUCCCCCUUAACAGAAAAUGAAAGAUCUAUUCUAGCAUCACUAAGAUAUUUAGUUAUCACUAAUUUUUCAAAAGAUAGGAGGCGUGGCACAAGAUUCAGGAAUAUUGAAGAUUGGAAUGAGGAAAUGCAGAAACAAUUUUUGUACAAGAUGGAACAAAAUAUUUUGGGUAUUUUCCAAGUAUUCUCGAAUGACAUGCAUGACUCAGAUGGUAAAACAUCUUAUUAUGAGAAGUUACGUGUCUUGAAUGGUAUAACAUUCCUAAUGAAGCAUUCUUCAAAAAAAUCAAUCAUAUCUGCACUUGCUCAAUUAAGCAUAUGCCUUCAGACAGGCUCUGAAAUACAAGAAAUUCAGCUUAAUGCUUUGCAAUGCUGGCAUCUUCUCGUCAGAUUAUUAAAUGAAGAACAAAUCACUGCCAUAAUAGAUAGUCUUUUCUGUUUGGUUUUACAAAAAUGGGAUUGUUUCAGCAGUUCUUGUAAAUCCGAAUGUCAGGCCAUAUUUGACACUCUUCUCAGAGAUAGACAAUCAUUGGUACUAGAAUCAAGGCCUUUCUUGUUAUUGUCGUUUUUAAAUAAUCCUGAACUACAAGUUUUGGAGAGGCAUCCAAUGGUAGCAAGAAAAGUACUAAAAGUUAUGACAACCACAAAUUGGCUCAGAGUCUUCACUCAAAAUCUAGGUAGUAACAACAGAUAUGUUAUUCUACAGACAUUAUUAGAACUGGAAAAGUACUUUACUACUUCUCUUUAUCGGAAACAUGUCGACGUUAUCACGAAACAUGAUGAUUCCAUCCAUCUCUCUCGGUUACUGGGUGCUCUCUUAGAUUCCGCCUAUAAGUUUAGAAAUAAAGAUCUCAAGAUUUGUCAAUUAUCCUCAUCGUGUAUUGGUUUAAUGGGUCUUUUGGAUGUAACAAAACACUCUUUACCCCGAAACAAUAACUUGUCGGAAGAGAUAUGUGAUUUCAAUAAUCACUCUCAAACUGUGAAGUUCUUAAUAAACAUUAUAAAUGACAUUCUUGUUCCGGCAUUUUGGCAAAGUGAAAAUCCUACCAAGCAAUUAUUUGUCGCUUUAGUCAUGCAAGAGUCAUUAAAAUACUGUGGUUUAAGUGCAGCGAACUGGGAUAUAAAUAAUCCGGAGAAUUAUCCUAUGGAGGCUAAGCUUUGGUCUAGAUUUAACGAUAUUUCAAAGACCACGCUGUAUCCAUUGAUUUCAUCUUUAUAUUUGGCUCAGUCAUGGAAAGAAUAUGUGCCCCUGAAAUAUCCCUCCUUUAGAGCCAAAGAUCCAUUCCAGGUAUGGAUAAGAAACCUUACAUUGGAUUUAUUGAAAAUAGGAACGGAUGAAGACCAUCCAUUGCAUGUUUUUUCAUCUUUGAUCAGAGAAGACGAUGGGUCUCUUUCAAACUUCUUACUACCAUUCAUUACUAUGGAUAUUAUCCUCAGAGCUAGUAAGGGCAGUAAAUAUAUUGAAAUUAUUGAAAAUCUUUCAAUUGAGUUUCAGUAUAUCUUUAAUUAUGAUAUCCAGCAACUUAACCACUUUCAGAUGGAUUCUCUUAAGAUGGCUUACAAUUCUAUUUUCCGCGUAUAUGAAUAUUGCAAAAAAUGGGUCAGUAACUUCAAACAGGAUUACCAGGCUGCAAAUGGGACCUAUAUGAUUCAAGAAGACCGAUUUUUAAAGAUUUUGGAUCGCACUGAAAAUUUUGUGAAUAUAAUACCUUCAGACGUUCUUGCCAAGAAAUCUUUAGAAACGGAUUCCUUUGAAAGAUCUGCGUUAUAUCUUGAACAAAGCUAUAGGGAACAAGGUACUGCGCCUUCUUCAUCCAGUGAUCUUUUACAAAGUCUUCAGAUGACAUACGCUGAAAUUGGUGAUGUUGAUGCUGUGGGCGGCGUAUUGAAGAUGUUUUCUACUGGAAACUUAACAACUAAAAUUGAAGAGUUACAAUAUUCCAAAAAUUGGAGGAUGGCACAGGACUGCUUUGAAGCCUUAAGUGUUUUCAAGCAAUCAGAUACAUCGUACGUUAGUGAGGAUCUAAUUAAAUCUUCGAAUAUGAAAAUGUUGAAGUCAAUGUAUAACCAUCAGUUGUAUGAUGAACUUUUAUCCAAAAUCAAGCUUCAUCUACCGGAAAUUAAGGGCUUCGUCGCAGAGAACGAUAAUGACCUAUUGAACAUGGGUAUAGAGGCUGCAAGUCAAACUGGAAGUAUAGAUGACUUGACAAAAUGGAUCGAACGGCUGGAAUAUAUCCAGAACUUUAAUGAUCCUUCUUUACUUCUUCAUUAUAAUAUUGCGAAAGUGUUACAAGCCGUCAAUAAAAACGAAUUAAACAAAUUCGAACGGUAUCUGAACAGAUGUUUUGCGCUCAUUGGAGUGCAAUUCACUACUCCAUCUACUAGUACUACUUUAUUGAAAAAUAGAGAAACACUUCAAAAACUUCAUGCGCUUACAGAUACAAAAAUGCUUUUUAGCACUCGUUCCACCACUGAUUUUGCAAAUAUUUUGAAAACAUUAAACGGAAGACUUUCGCAUGUUGGUUCGGACUUUUCUCCAAACCACUACCUGUUAUCUAUAAGAAAGACAGUAGAAAUUGUAUCCAGUAAAGAGCAUCUCCACACAGAUAUUUCCAACGUGUAUUUCCAUUUAUCACAAUUAGAUCGGAAAGAGAAUAGGCUCGAGUUGGCAGCAGAAGAUUUGAUGAAUGCUCUGAAGUAUAAUCAUCAUUCAGCCGAAUUAGAAUUUGCGGAAAUCCUUUGGAAACAAGGGGAAAAGGAUAUGGCACUCAAGACUGUAGCCGAGAUAACGAAAAGGUUCGAGAAUGAUCCUUCUACGCUAUCUUCAAAAAAUCAAGACUUUAAAGAAGUUCUUUUGAAAUAUACGGAAUGGCUUGAUCUUUCCAACAGUUCAGUAUCAGAUCAAAUUAUUAAGCAAUACAAUGAGCUUAUUAGGUUGGACAAGAGUUGGCAUGCGCCUUUCUAUUCUAUGGGUUUGUACUACAGUAAAUUACUCGAAAAGAAAAAGGCUGAAGGAUAUGUCUCCGAUGGAUCCUUAGAAUACAGAUCUAUCACUAACUUUCUGGCUUCCUUUGAGAAGGGCUCUUCAAAUAUAAGGCAAUCUCUUCCAAAGGUGGUCACCUUGUGGUUAGACACUACAAAAUCAGAAAGCUCCGACAGUAAUUCAGAUAGGAGUACCUAUUCAUCUAAAAUAUGUGCUAAGAUUGAUGCCACUGUUAAGCAAUGUGGUAUACAUAUAUGGUACACUGUAUUGACACAGCUGCUAUCAAGGUUAUUACAUCCUCAUACUGCUACUAUCCACUCGAUAGUUAAUAUAUUAUUUCAUAUGACAAUGGAGUAUCCUUCUGUGAUGCUUUGGUAUAUCUCAAUCCUAUUGAACUCAGAAAACUUGGAGAGAAGGAAUAUAGGGAAACAAAUAAUCGACGCCUUCCAAAAGAAAAACCCUAAAACGAAACUACCUAAUACUGCGAUAUCACUGGUACAAUCCCUUACUAGGGUAUGUAUAAAAGAUGUCAAAAGUACAUCAAGCCGAUCAGGUAGGUCCAUAGAUAAUGAUUUCAGGUUUAAUUUAGAACUGGCUCCAAAUGAUAUGUGUGUCCCAGUUAAUAUUAACUUGAAAAAAUUACUCCCUUCAACUGCAAAUAGUAUGGAUUCCGAGACUUUUAAGAGUGUCAUGGUGACUAUUUCGAAGUUUUCUCCACAAUAUAUGGUAUUCAAUAGUUUGAAAAAACCUAAAAAGUUAACGGUUAUUGGUUCGGAUGGUAACAUAUACGGAAUUAUGUGCAAAAAAGAGGAUGUUCGACAGGAUAAUCAGUACAUGCAAUUUGCCAACACAAUGAGUUUUUUGUUGAGUAAUGAUGUCGAGUCUAGAAAAAGGAAUUUGGGUAUUACAACAUAUGGUGUGCUUUCUUUACGGGAAGAUUGUGGCCUGUUAGAGAUCGUACCCAACGUCUUGACAUUGCGAUCCUUGUUGAGCAUGAAAUAUGAAAGUAUGAAGAUAAAGUAUUCGUUGAAGUCAUUGCAAGAAAAAUGGCAAGGAAUACCUUCAGAUCAAAAAUUAGGCUUCCACCAAGAUUGUCUCAAGAAAUUUCCACCUGUAUUGUACCAGUGGUUCCUUGAUAAUUUCCCGGAUCCAAUUACCUGGUACAAUGCCAGGAAUGGCUUUGUUAGAUCAUACUCAGUUAUGGCUAUGGUCGGUCAUAUACUAGGGCUUGGUGACAGACACUGUGAGAAUAUAUUGCUUGACGUAUCUACAGGUCGUGUACUCCAUGUUGAUUUUGACUGUCUGUUUGAAAAGGGGAAAAAACUUCCUGUUCCAGAGCUUGUUCCAUUCAGAUUGACUCAAAAUAUUGUUGACGCGUUUGGUAUAAUACGUACAGAAGGCACCUUCAAGAAGUCGUGUGAAGUUACCUUAAGAGUCAUGCGAAAUAAUGAGAUAGGUCUAGUGAAUAUCAUUGAGACAAUUAUGUAUGAUAGAAAAAUUGAUGAAUCUAUCCAGAUGGCUUUGAAAGUUUUGAGAGACAAAAUUCGAGGGAUCGAUUCAAGGGAUGGUUUGGCUUUAAGCGUGAGUGGUCAAGUAGAAGCCCUUACUCAAGAAGCUAGUUCUGUUGAGAACCUCAGUAAGAUGUAUAUAGGUUGGUUACCUUUUUGGUAG